AAGAUUAUGUAAAUCUUAUCUGACACCAAAUGACUUUCCCGUGAAAGUUCAAAACUUCCUUCGUGCUUUAAUUCUCCAAGGAAGGGGACCUGACCUUUUUCAUUUCUAUAUUUACUUAUAUUCUAGGCAUGUAUUUGUUAAGAUACAGGUUUUGCAUUAAGAGGGACCUCAAUUUUAACCUCAGAUCUGCUACUCAUUGGCUGUAUGAUCAUAGGGUCAAGUUCCUUCAACUUAGUAAGCCUUCAUUUCCUCAGUGGUGAUACCGAAGAAAAAUAAUACAAAGCACACAGAUAAAUUAUUGUAAGGAUAAUAUAUAUUAUACCGUAAAAUUCUGUGCAGAGUCUUCAGAAUGCUUUCAUGUAAGUUAGCCUCUUCAAUCCUCUCAAAAACUUUUUGCAAUAGCUCUCUCUCUCAAAUGAGAACCAAAUGUGUAAGACAUUAAAACUCAGCAAGAUCAAUAAACACCACAGAAUAAACACCAAAUAAGUGGUUGAUAUCAUCAUAGUAAAAUGAAUUAGAAAAGUUACCCUGACAUUAUGGUGAUGUUUUGUUCACAAGCUCAUUCAGUGCACAGGAAGUGUCCAAGUAAGGAAGGGGUCUGAGGAUGACAGGUCAGGAAUAAGUACUAAGGAAUAGGAAAAUUUAUGACUGUUAGAUCCAACAAAUGGAUAACCAGAUUUAGCAACAUAUUGAACAGUCAUGGAAAAAAUCCACAGCACCAAAAUUCAACAUAUGAGAUUUUUAUUUAGGGAUUCAUGGUAUUGGGGGUCUUUUUUCUUUCUCCCAAGAAGGUGAUUUUGUUUCUCAGCCUAGAAGUUUCAUCACUGCUUUUGCUUAUUUGUAAGCAUAAUUCUAAAAAGUUGGAAGAAGCCAUUUCUGUCCUUAUUUGGUGCAUGGUCAACAAUAAGGGUAGCAUGAAUUGGAGUCAGUGUUGCAAAUGCUUUCCCAACUAAACAACCUGUCUCUAGGAUCCCAUAAUUUUUCAAAAAGUAAACAGAAAUAUUUCUAUAUUUAGGAGAAGCUUAGGGGUUUGAACAAUCAAGAAAUUCUAUCAGCUAGUUUUAGUAAAAUUUCUUGCCACCUAAUUUUUUUAGAUCUUCUAAACAAAGUUCAUAGAGGAUUUUAAUGCUUCAAAUAAAACAUUAAAAUUUCUUCAUAUGGUUAACCUUCAAAUGUAACAGCUAAUAUUUUAUUCUUAUGUACAUGGGAUAUAAAGAUUUCUAAUAGAGAAAGGUAUUAUCUAUCAAAACUGAAGACUGAUACUCUUUUUGAAAGUGAUAAAAUGGUAUGCCUACUUACCAUGCUCAUGAAAUAACCAAUUGGCAAUUUUUAAAACUUGAAAAUGUUUCUAACAGUGUAAAAAUAGUUUUCCUACCUCCCCCAAAAGCUUAUAAACAUCAGCAGUAUGUGCCUAAAAUUUCGUGCAGUUUUCAGAGUGUUUUUAUAUAAAUUACCUUAUUCAGCCCUCUCAAAAACUCUUUGCAAUGGCUCUCAAAUGAGAACCAAAUGGAUAAGACACUGAAACUCAGCAAGAUCAGGCAACGAUCUUUAAGGUCACAUGGCAAGUUCAUGGCAUAACUGUGACUCUAAUCUCUAAUCGCCUAUACCAGUGCUGCCCUGAAAAUUUGCCCAAUGAUGUUUCAUUAAAAAAAAAUUUUUUUUUAACUAUUUGGAGGACAGGCCAGUAACUCCUUCAGUCAUAACAGAGACAGUGAUUUUUCUGGUUUUGUUGUUUUCUUAUUUAUUUAUUGCAACAACCUUGGCUUUGUCAGAGGGAGCACCUAAAAAAAAAGAAAAUAAACAAGCCCUACCUAAAUUACCCGUUGUGAAUUUUCUGCCCCUAUUUAGGCAUAUAGAAGAAUAUAAUGUCAGUGAUGCAUCUUAUUUUUAAGAUGCCGUGAAAAUAUUGGUUUGUCCAUUUAUUAAACAAACAUAAUUGUGGCUUCUAUGUCUCUACACUGUUUGCUGAGCACUGAGGACCCAGAGGGAAAGCAGAUGUGAUCCAUGUCCUCAUAAUGUUUAGGUCUCUCAGGGAAGCCAGACACUGAAUAAGUCAUUCCUAAUGUGAUGACGCUGACAAAGAGGAACUGCAGAGUGCGAUGGAGACAUCGCCUGAUCUGGGGAGGCAGGGAAGACUUCCGGAGGAAGUGGCUUUCAAGAUGAAAUCCUAUAUCUACCACUCUUUCACUCACCAGUCAUAGCUAAGUAGGAUUUUUAUUUAAGACUGUAUUCAGGAGUAGAAUAGAAAGAAUUUUUAUGACUUUUAAAAUCUUCAUAUACAGAAAAUUGAACAAUUAGACAAUUAGUGGCACCAGAAGACUUUUACACACUUGCUCAAAAAUUGUGUUAAAUUAUUUCAAGUGAUUAGUCUACAUUAAUUUCAAGAUUUUUAAAGAAUUUGAGCCUAGAAAUAUUUUUAAUAGUUAGAAAAAUCUCUUAGGACCUUGUCAAUUAUUUAGUAGAUACUUAAUAAACAUAAAAUUUAUUUUCUUUUCCUUUCAUUUCUUUCUCUAUGAUUUCUUCCCUUCAACCCCAUUUAUCCAAGUAUUCAGAAGGAUCUUUGUUAGCUUAGUGAAUAGAAGAGCUUGACUUAAUUGUUUUCCAAAUCACUAAAACAUUCCUAAAAGUGAUGUAGAUGGAAACCUAAGUGUCUAGUAAAACAUUUUGAUUCACAAUCCAUUGUUUUAUUGAUUUUUUAUCAUUAUAUUUAAGCAUGCCUCCUGUUGAUUAUUUUAGUCUAUAUCCUGAUUUUAGCUCUUUAAUUAGGUGUCCUGGGUCAUAUAUGAGUAAUGGAUGCAGAAGCUUAAAAUACAGAGCAUGCUUUCCCAGUGUACUUAAGACUAUGGGGUAACUUCAAUUCUCUUAAUGUUUUACUGUUUCCAAGUCUUAAAAUAAUUAUCUCCCACUUCAGAACAUGGAACAAGUGACCUUUAAAUCAAGUAGACUCAUAUAAGGUUUAGAAUUAAUAUUUGAAAGCAAUUCAAAGAAGAUUCUAGUAUUAUUUUGUGACACUUCCAUUCGAAGAAAUAAUUUAUAAUUAUGAUAAGUAAUGUAACAAAAGUCAUUUCUUACAUUUACUUAUGCUGAAUGGACAUUAGUUUUAAGGAGUAUACACAUCCCAUUGUCAAACAGCCUUUUGUCACAGUCUUUUGCAAUGUAUCACUCUGAAGAUAGAAUUAUUACAAGGACACCCUCAUCAGAAGUAGAUGGUAAAUAACUGUUAUUUGCUUCCACGUUAACUUCUGCUGGCUUUGAGUCUGUGACCAGAGACUAUUUCAAAAUACAGCACUAUCCUGAAACCCACUAUCUGCCUACUCUGGUUUCCUGAAGCAAUGUCUUUCAAACUAACGCAACCCCGCCAAUGUAACAGUUUAUUUCUCUGAAGUUUAACUCAACCCUGUCUCCUCCGUAUGCCUGUUAACUAGAGACUUGAUGUGUAAGUAAUUGAAUGCCCAUGUGGAUUGUGUUUAGAUUAUCCCACUUUCAAAUUUGGGAGUUUCAUUUUUAUUCAUAGUAGCUGUCUCCUAUAAAGGAAAUUUCUGUGUCAGAUAUCCAAACUCAAUUUGCCAUUCGUAACAUCUGGAAUCUUGGAACCCAAAUCCCAGAAAUAUUCAAGAGGCAAAAAAGAUGCCUUAUUUAGAGUUCUGCAGAACAGAAGAGCUGUUAUUGGCAGGAGAUGGGCAUUUUGCUGAUAUUUUAGGAGAGUUAUAACUUAGGUGGAUAACAAUUGGAUGGAAGCAAUGUUUAGAUUUUAGAAUCUGGUUUUCCCUGGGACAUAUAAAAUUAGUUUGCACAACUUGUAAAUAUAAUUAUUUGUUUCAGGGAUGGAACAUCUCUCCUUGCUAGUCAAUCAUGAUUUUACUAAAAUUCAUCUGGAAAAAUAAACAAUAAAUGACAGUAAUUAGAAUGUUCAAAAGAUGUCUUCUUUUUCCUUUUCUACUCUGAUUCUCAUGAAGUAAAAAUUAUAAACAGCUUGUUGUAAUAUAAAUGAUAGUAAAGAUCUAUCCUAGAAAAACAUUAUAUUCAAUUUCUUAUUUUUUCCAGAUGUCUAAAUUCUCAUGUUUAUGAAAUAUUAGCCAGUUCUUCAAAAAAAAAAGAUAUUUAUAUUUGAAAUUAAGGCUUAAUUUUGCUCAUGAUUAAUCUCAGAAAUAAGUAGCUUAUUUCUGUGACCUUGCUGAGGUCUGGUAACCUACGAGGGAUUAUGUGUAACUGUGAGGAAGAAAUGAAAAGGAGGCGGUGAGUAAUUAUUUAAGAAAAAAUAGCAUUAAAAUUGGCAGACACUUCUUGUGUCUGUAACUGUUUUCACACUAGGAAAACGAACCAGAGUUUCAAUUUUCCUGUUCAUAAUUUCACAUUUAUAGUUCCAUUGUUUUUAUCUUGUUUAACUGUUCUGGAUGUCUGCUUUUACAAAGCAGGGGGGAAAAGAAGGAAAAAUGUUUUUGACGAUAAUGAAAAAUACAAGAUUUGUUCUCCUUCCUUGUACAUUUUUAGAGGAAGUUGUACAUUCCCUAGCAGAUUCAUUCUAGAUUAUUCGUAUAUCUUUAUAGCUUAUCAUUUAGAUAUCCAUUAAUAGAACAUUCUUUUAAAAAUAUAAAUUGGUAAGCAAAGGCAGUUAAUUAUUUGUGAAGAUGUGUACUGCAGGCUUUAUCCUGAAUAGAAAGAUAGGGUUUAUCUUGCUAUCAGUAAAAUUGGGUUAAUAAUGAAAAUAUUUUUCUGCUUCCAAAGUUGUAUACAUAGACUGAAGCUUUUAUUAGAAAUCAGUGAUGCUGUUUCACCUAUAAAAUUUUAAACACCACCAGACAAAAUGAGAGCUUUGUGUUGCCUGGAGGGUGAAAGAAGUCUCUUUUCCAGCAACAUCCCUUCUGCUUUCCUGCUUGGCUAUGUGGCCUCCCUCCCCCUCCCUUUCACACCAAGCCACCCCACCCCACCAGCUGUUAGGGACUCCUCCCAUCUUUAUGCAGAUCACUCAUUCUCUUAGAUGGUCUUUCUUUAGUCUCAUAUGAAGACAGUGUACUAAGCACCAAGUUGUUCAGCUCAGUGCUAACUUUGCCAGGAAUGUGUGCAUUUCCUAAGAGCUGCCCAAAAUGGAAAUUAAACAGUAUGAAAGAAUGAAAUGGCAAUAGUGCCAUUUUGUACACCAGAAGAGCAGAUUGGCAUCGGUAUAAGCACCUUUUCAGUCCUUUGAGAACACCAGGAAAGUGGCCAUCUGUUUUGCCCACGUGAAAUUUGGAUCUCUAUACAAAGGCAAAAAGACAGUUUGUGAAGCAUUACAAUAUUGCAAGAUGAUUCAGAGAGAAUGUGUUUUGUUUAUUUUUGAACUCUCUGCUCCUCCAAGGUUGCUGCUAUUAGGGGCAGUUCUCACUCACCCACUCUCUUUGAGCUCAUGUGUCUGAUAAGAAAGAGGUGAAACUGUAAAAACGUUUUCUAUUACUCAUCUGCAAAGCUGAUAGGAAACCUGUAGCAUUGUUAAGAACCCCUGGUGUGCUGGAUGCUGUUGUGAAAAUAAGCAUAAUGUUUAAUGUCUUGAGCUUUUACUGAAAUUAUAUAAAUAUUCAAGACUCUCUUGGUGUACAAGAGACAGAUUGAGCUUUAGAGGUCUCAAAAUUUACAGAUAUGGUGAUGUUCACCAAGCUCAACUGUUGGUCAGUUUUGUCCAGUUCAGAGAGGGUUAAAUUCACUCUUGGGCCCUCCAAGCUUCUCUAAUCUUAUCCUGGAGAAGUAGAGCUCUGCCUUGGUUUACAGUUGAGGUCACCGGCGGGGCAGUGUUUCGACAGGGACUGAUGAAAUUAUGCUGCAUUGUUAACAUUGAAUACCACUCAGUGGUGAGGACCGAUGACGGCACUAGGGCCCUUUGACUUCUUGGGUACAAUAUCUUGAAAUAGAUGCUUUCUCAAAAUGUCCUGGACUCAUAAAACAUGUGAAGGCUUCUAUUUGGCUUUCAUCAUUUAUUUAAUUUGAAAGAAAGUUGUUUUAAGGGAUUUAUCAGAGUUAAGAAAUGUUUCUAGGGAAUAGAAAAUGGACAAGAUAAUUGAUCUUUGUUGUCAAAGUCAUGCAUUGUAAUUCACUCUCUAAGGUGACGCAGCAUCUCCUUGAGGGAAAAGCUGCCAAAAGCUCUGAAAGUGAUCUGCCUGUUUUUUUCUCACACUGGCUUGCAGAGAGGCACUGGUAUUUUCAAGAUGACUAAAUCCUGUUUACCUCCUGUGGAAGGCUUGCUAAGAAUUAUAUCCAUCUCUGUUUUUAAGAGAAGUUGAAAUAAGGAAAAUUAUAGUUGCCAGUUAGCUGUGUGAAAUUUAGUAGUAUUUGUCAGAUGCCCCAGUCAUAGGCAAGUAUUUACUUUUUAAAAGUUUGUAACAAAGCCCUCACAUUUACCAUUUUUAAAGUUCACACUGAUAUAAAGGUUCAAUCACACUUUUCAUUGUGUGUGUGCACGCACGUGUGUGUGUGUGUAUGUGUGUGUGUUGUGCUUUUCAGGAGUGGCAUGUGACUAUGCUGUUUAAUCAGGGCUAUAUUUAAAAACAAAUUUUCGAGGGAGUGUUUCUCACGUUAAUUAUGAGAUAAGGCCUGAGUGAAGCAAGCUCUGUCGCAAAGGCCAAGUGUCACGCAGCAGGAAGUCCUGGCCAUCCCUUCCAGCCCUGCCUCAGCCAGCCUGCCACCUCUCUGUCAGCGCAUACCAGCAUACCACCGCACAAAGGAAAUGCCCUCACUCAGCUACAAGUGCCUCCUGCUCUGUGCGAGGCCUCAGGGCCCCAGGGUCCGGCACCAGCUCUGACUUACCGUGGUUCCUGUGGAUCUUGGCAUCAUCCUUACAAAUGGCUUUUGUUUGGGAUCCUCUGGGAGCCACAGUGCCAGGACCAUCUCCAAGGGCCAAAUCAAGAUUGCGUUUCUCAAAGUCCUACAGUUUUGAUGUGGACAAUGGCACAUCUGCGGGACGGAGUCCCUUGGAUCCCAUGACCAGCCCAGGAUCUGGGCUAAUUCUCCAAGCAAAUUUUGUCCACAGUCAACGCCGGGAGUCCUUCCUGUAUCGAUCCGACAGUGAUUAUGACCUCUCUCCAAAGUCUAUGUCCCGAAACUCCUCCAUUGCUAGUGAUAUACACGGAGAUGACUUGAUUGUGACUCCAUUUGCUCAGGUCUUGGCCAGUCUGCGAACUGUACGAAACAACUUUGCUGCAUUAACUAAUUUGCAAGACCGAGCACCUAGCAAAAGAUCACCCAUGUGCAACCAACCAUCCAUCAACAAAGCCACCAUAACAGAGGAGGCCUACCAGAAACUGGCCAGCGAGACCCUGGAGGAGCUGGACUGGUGUCUGGACCAGCUAGAGACCCUACAGACCAGGCAUUCCGUCAGUGAGAUGGCCUCCAACAAGUUUAAAAGGAUGCUUAAUCGGGAGCUCACCCAUCUCUCUGAAAUGAGUCGGUCUGGAAAUCAAGUAUCAGAGUAUAUAUCAAACACAUUCUUAGAUAAGCAACAUGAAGUGGAAAUUCCAUCUCCAACUCAGAAGGAAAAGGAGAAAAAGAAAAGACCAAUGUCUCAGAUCAGUGGAGUCAAGAAAUUGAUGCACAGCUCUAGUCUGACUAAUUCAAGUAUUCCAAGGUUUGGAGUUAAAACUGAACAAGAAGAUGUCCUUGCCAAGGAACUAGAAGAUGUGAACAAAUGGGGUCUUCAUGUUUUCAGAAUAGCAGAGUUGUCUGGUAACCGGCCCUUGACUGUUAUCAUGCACACCAUUUUUCAGGAACGGGAUUUAUUAAAAACAUUUAAAAUUCCAGUAGAUACUUUAAUUACAUAUCUUAUGACUCUCGAAGACCAUUACCAUGCUGAUGUGGCCUAUCACAACAAUAUCCAUGCUGCAGAUGUUGUCCAGUCUACUCAUGUGCUAUUAUCUACACCUGCUUUGGAGGCUGUGUUUACAGAUUUGGAGAUUCUCGCAGCAAUUUUUGCCAGUGCAAUACAUGAUGUAGAUCAUCCUGGUGUGUCCAAUCAAUUUCUGAUCAAUACAAACUCUGAACUUGCCUUGAUGUACAAUGAUUCCUCAGUCUUAGAGAACCAUCAUUUGGCUGUGGGCUUUAAAUUGCUUCAGGAAGAAAACUGUGACAUUUUCCAGAAUUUGACCAAAAAACAAAGACAAUCUUUAAGGAAAAUGGUCAUUGACAUUGUACUUGCAACAGACAUGUCAAAACACAUGAAUCUACUGGCUGAUUUGAAAACUAUGGUUGAAACUAAGAAAGUGACAAGCUCUGGAGUUCUUCUUCUUGAUAAUUAUUCUGAUAGGAUUCAGGUUCUUCAGAAUAUGGUGCAUUGUGCAGAUUUGAGCAACCCAACAAAGCCUCUCCAACUGUACCGCCAGUGGACGGACCGGAUAAUGGAGGAGUUCUUCCGCCAAGGAGACCGAGAGAGGGAACGUGGCAUGGAGAUAAGCCCCAUGUGUGAUAAGCACAAUGCGUCUGUGGAAAAAUCACAGGUGGGCUUCAUAGACUAUAUUGUUCAUCCCCUCUGGGAGACGUGGGCAGACCUCGUCCACCCUGACGCCCAGGACAUUUUGGACACUUUGGAGGACAAUCGUGAAUGGUACCAGAGCACAAUCCCUCAGAGCCCCUCUCCUGCACCUGAUGACCCGGAGGAGGGCCGGCAGGGUCAAACUGAGAAAUUCCAGUUUGAACUAACUUUAGAGGAAGAUGGUGAGUCAGACACGGAAAAGGACAGUGGCAGUCAAGUGGAAGAAGACACUAGCUGCAGUGACUCCAAGACUCUUUGUACUCAAGACUCGGAGUCUACUGAAAUUCCCCUCGAUGAACAGGUUGAAGAAGAGGCAGUAGGGGAAGAAGAGGAAAGCCAGCCCGAAGCUUGUGUCAUAGAUGAUCACUCUCCUGACACGUAACAGUGCAAAAACUUUCAUGCCUUUUUUUUAGUAGAAAAAUCGUUUCCAAAGUGCAUGUCACAUGCCACAACCACGGUCACACCUCACUGUCAUCUG